AUGGUCUGCGACGAGGAUGGUGGCGGGACGGCAACAGCAAUACAACUUGCCAGCUCGGCCGCCCCAGGGGCGACUACUAUUUCUCUACCCCAAUCAAGAUUCUGCUUCUCCAGCGACGACCACGGCACUGAGUAUGCUUGGUCCAGCACGAUUGAUGGGAAAUACGAGGACCGCGGAACUCUUUUCCGUAGCGUCAACCAUGUUGGGAUUUAUGGACCUGGUCACUGCGAUAUUGACCAUAAUGGCGUUAAUAUGGUCCUUCAUGGCCGCCAAAACCUGCAUGACAGUCAAGCUAUUCGUGUUCUUUACAGCGCAAGUUUACACAUUGAUAGGCGCAAUAUUCAGCACUAG